AAUCCAUCCCCAUACAUAAUCAUUCAGAACAAGCGUCAUUUCUUUUGUUACCCUCGCCCAAUGCAUCGCAACUGCGAUUGAUCCCUCUGCAUGUUUAUACCCGCCGUAUAAAUACCUGUCUCUAGCCAGGUAAACUUCGAUAAGCUAGCGCCCAUGAGCUCUAUCUACCCGUCCUCUAUCGACUCUUGAGCUCCAUACGUUUCCGAUUGACGACAAAUAUACCACAACAAUAUGACGCCUGCACGCGGCAGAACAAAGGCACGCUUCUGGGCAGGGGAUGAGGAGAUGGCCAAUAAAAAAGACGACGACCUUCACCUCCCAGGGCAUCGCUAUCAUAACUCGGGAUCUGGUCCUCAAUGGCAGGCUACGCCGCGUGCUCCCCGCCGUAGCUCCGUCGGUCGCCUUAUUUCAUAUCUAGUCUUCAUAUCGAUCGUCUUCUUCAUAAUAUACAAUUUCGUGUCAUUCUCCGACAGCUCGACCGAUGCAGCAUCAGAGAGGUCUGCGCCGGGGGGCAAACAAGGACAGGACAAGGUCUACCAUAGGGGACCCCUCAAAUUCCCAGAGCUCGCAGAGACGCUGCGCAACAUUCAAGGGACCGGCGGCGCUUAUGAGAGGAACAAGAACAUUCUAUUCGCUGCUUCCAGCAUCAACAGUGCCUCUACUCUUCUGCCAAUGGCUUGCCAGAUGUCGGCGCAAGAAAAGAACCAUGUUCAUUUUGCGCUUAUGAGUAGGAAAGAGAUUCCCAUCAAGGAACUCCUGGAGAUAAACGGCAUUGAUAAAAGCUAUGCCCGCACUGACUAUGCUUCCACGUCUUCUGAGUUGAGGCUGAAACUCGCUGCUAUCCGUGCAUUCUUCUACGUUGAGAACUUCAUGCACCCUCAAGCAAUUAUUGUUGACUCUACUCAGAAGGAAGAAGAUUACUUCCUCCAAGCCAUACGAGAUCAGAUCACUGGGACGAGGUCUGCUCUGAUAGAGCUGCCAGAAAAGCCUGAAACUCGUCUUGCGUGGAUCUCCAAGCUUGACGCCUCAGCAUUGGCUGCCUGGAACAAAGUGCAUUUCGACAUAUUAGUCCAGGCACCUCCCGUUGGCACAGCCAAUCUACAAAGACUCCUCACCUCGCUGCGCAAGGCCGAUAAGAGUGCCCUGUCGGUUCCCCAGCUUACAGUCGAGCUGCCCCCAGUUGUAGAAAAGCCAUUGGAAAACUUCUUGUCUGGCUUCCAUUGGCCUUCCAAGGCUUCUGGACAGCUCCCUCAAUCGCAAAUGCUUUCUCUUCGUCAUCGGAUUUCAUCACGGAAAAUGGAUGAGGAGGAGAGCUCAGUUCGAUUUCUAGAAUCGUUCUGGCCAAGCAAGCCGUCACACAAUCAUGUGCUUGUCUUGGCGGCUCACACUGAGGUCUCACCUCAAUUCUUCAACUAUGUGAAAUACACCCUUCUUCAUAGCCUAUACUCGCACUCUUCCAUUCUUCAGGACUGGAAUGAGAACAUCAUGGGUAUCAGUUUUUAUUCUCCCAGCACUCUUCUCGAUGAUACAACACCCCUAACAGUCCCGCGAGCUGAGGACGCGGACGAAAAGACCGGUUCCAGUCCUUUCUUUUGGCAGGCCCCAACUAGCGAUGCUGUUCUGUUCAUGGGAGACAAAUGGGUUGAGCUGCAUGGCUAUGUGUCACGCAUUUUAGAAAAGCAGCAAACAGGAACAGAAACGCCAGCCUUCUUAGCCAAGAAGAGUACAAGCAAGAAACAUCCGGCCUGGUUAGAGUAUGUACUUCAGCUAUCACAGCUUCGGGGGUAUGUGACUCUGUACCCGAGACCGGAAACAGCGAGCACUAUCUUGGGAGCACACAGUGACCUUCCUAAUACUCCAGAGGAGUACUUGGGCGAAGGCGAUGAAAAUGAUAAGACCGGAGAGGCAGAUAGUGCAACGUCAAAGUUCGACCCAGCGUCCCCAGUCGAUAUGCUCACAACAUUACCUCGUGAGGGUGACCUCCUGGCAUUAGGUGACUUGCCACUCAUUUCAUGGAUUGGCAAAUCAACAUCGCUUGCAGAGCUUGAAACGACCUCAAUGGAGCUUACAAAACAAUUCCGUCAAGAGGUUGGCGGGUGUCCACCGAGCGCCAUAAACGAUGAGGACGAGUUUGGACAGCCGAGGCGCAACAAAGACGCCAGUGAUCUCUUUUGUAAGAACAAGGGCACGGCCAGUGCAGAUACAGCGACUGAAGCCAAGGACAUCAAGGAAACAGCAUAA